GUAUGCACUGGCACUGCGGUGUGCAUGGGCGACGUGGUGCUGCAAUGCACGCGGCUGUUGUGGUGUAUCAAGAGGCCCCCAAGAGAGCUCCGUAGCCAUUUUGGUCGAAGCCGUUUUGGCUCGACGCAGGACCAUCAUCCCUAAUACAUAUCAGGUCGACAGACCAGGACCUUCGCAAUCCUUCCGCACCUAGUAGGCACCAUGGUCGGCGAAAGCUUCCCAGUUCUUCCAGCUUGGUUCUUCUACAUCUACCACAUCAUCGGUGGUUGGAUCAUUGGGCGUACCGUUACAUUUUGUCCACACCCGAUCGCAGUCCUGACUGUGGUCUUUGGUAUCCAGGGUCUGAUCGAACAUUAUGCUGACAAGUUCCCCACAGUUGCAAAGUUGAACGCGCCAUUAACACUGGUGCUCCUGGGGUUCCUCGGCUAUUGGUUGUACACUCUGUUCGCCAUCAGCACAGCACCGCAUUGGGUUCUUUGGGCCGCCAUCGCCAUCUAUUUUGCCGUUGUGGGUAUCGCAAAGACUAUGGAGCUUGGAUUUCCGAAGGACACAGUUGAAGAGCAGAUUUCGGCCCUCAAGGACCCGAACUACAACUUUUGGCACUUUUGGCUCCACAACUUCUUCACGGCUUUCUUCCUCUUCCUAUCGGCCACUUGCCCAGGCGUCUUCCCGAAAGAUGCAUUGAUUGACUUUGGCGGGACGGCUCUUGCAGAGGUACGCGAACAAGACACGGAGCUCCCCUCGGCACAUAUGGCUGUGUUGUUCGGUGUCUGUCUCAUGUCCUUUGCCGUGGGCAUCGGGAUCGGAGGCCGAUGGUGCCUUCGGCGUGACGUCGCACAGGUCGAUGCCACUUCUCUUCUUGUAGCAUGAUAAAGUAUCACGGCUUCUGUCGUGACCAAAAGCGCCAAUAGCGCCAAUAGCGUCAUGGCAGGCAGAUGCACUAUGCCUGCUUUGCGCGCGAUUGGAUGCGCUGUUGGGCGCCGUGCGGACGACCGACAGCUUUGUAAACUGCCUUCUAAGGAUACAUCCCCAGGCCGAAAGUUUCUUCCCUCCUGGGUUAAAAUAUGAGAACAUCAAUGGAUCCAAUUGGAUCCCUUUUCGGGUGUGGGGGAGUUUCGUGGAUCCUAUUUCUGUGUUGCGCGGGUCCAAUUUCCUGUGUGUGAAAAAAC